GUUUCUUGCACAAGCAGAACACAGGAACUUGGAAAACAGGCACGUAGAAACUCAAAUUGCACCAAGGGAUUCCUUAUAGUCUGUGUUUGAGGUGAAAUCUAAAGCAAGUGGGUUAACUGUUGAACUGUAGCUCUCCCAUUCUCUUACUGUGUGACCAGAACAGCUUUCCCGGGAUACAGACAGCACUCAAACAGCUGUUGACUAAUGUGUGAACGGAAUAGCCUGGGCGAAGUGAGUAAAAUGGACACAGACAGAGCUCUGGGAUAAGAAUUCCUUUAUUUUCUCAUCCUGUUUAUUUAUUUCAGAGCUCAGAUGUGGCUCAUGCAAGGGAGGAACCUGUGUAGACCCGUGCACAGCACAUGUUUUGCAGGGGACUGUGGGAAGGGCCGUGUCCUGGUGUGCAGGUGGGUGUUUGCUGCACACUGAACCACCAGAGCUCACCAGCCCGUGCCAGGCACUGUGGGGAAUGCAGUCACCCGCCUCCUGCCAGAGCCAGCUUGCCAGGAUCCUGCUGGCCAUUAUCAGAAUUGUUCCUUUAGCAGCUGUCUGCAGUUUCCUGUUUCCAAAGAAACACCAGGAGCGAAGAGGAAACGCUUUUCUUAGUGUCCUGCUUCCAGCUGCUGCACACAAAAGUCAUGCUGCAUGCAAAAGUCACCCUUCAUCCCUCUUACUCUCACUUCUCUCCUGCAAGUGUGUUGCUAGUGUUUGUCUCUCAGCUGGAUUAAUCCCUUGGUUUUCCUGAUUUUCGCUUAAAGAAACUGUCACUUUGGUGCCUCUGCUCUCUAAGGUAUCCAGUGCGAGACAGCUCUGUUGGUUCUAACUCCUUAGUACUUAAUUUCAUCUGUAUAAAACACUGUGAGGUAGACUAGUAGCUUCAGCAAAGAGCACUUCUUGGCUCUAGAUCAAAUACCCUUGAUCACAGCUGCAGUUCUAGUCCAAACAAUAUAAAAAGACAAGAUAUCCUUGAAAAGAGUUUGGUGAUCCAGGGACACAGGGAGAGUGGCCAGGGAACAGCCUUUCUCAAAAGCUGUAUUUCAGAAUUUUGUCAGAGUGAGCCUUAAGUCUGGCCUUGAGACAGUUUCCACACUACUUUUUAAACUGAUUCUGCAUUCUGGAUGUUUUGUCUAUAUUGCAAAAGCCCAGGUGCAUAUGGAAUUUUUAAGAGUCAGAUGAAAAGAGACUGCAACUCUAUUUGGCUCAACUGUGUAACAGUAGGACAGUUUUCCAAUACUACCAAAUUAUUGCUGCCAAGGAAAAUUUGCCAAAAGAUGCUCUGAGCUGCUUCUAAGUAUUAGAACCAGAAAUUUAUAAUUAAAAGCUUGAGUAGUUCUUCCUAGGAAUCUUUUUAUUUUGCCAAGUCCUUUCUACUUACCACAGUACUCCAUAUCCUAUGUAACCUUUUAUCCAGUUGCUGUCUACUAUGGCAAAAGCAGGUGUGGGAAGCAGUCUGGGGCAAUGGUUCUGGUAGUUGUGUGAGCUCAGUGUUGCUGACAAGUUUCACUUAUGGUAAUCAAGCGGAUCUGGAAAAAAGAGAACUAGAUUUCUGUGGUGCUGCGAAGUGCCGCCUCUCAGUCACACCCCGGCAGCGGCAGCUCAGCCCUGUACACUUGUACCUUGCCUGCGCCUCUGCCUGUGCUGCGGGAGACAAACAGCCCAACCACGGGCAAAAAGAUCAGACUGGACUGAAGGGCACCCACAGCUGUGUCUGGACAUGGUGUGCUAAGAAGUAAACAAAGAAGUUUACCUAGAAGAUAAGUUUUCUUGAAUGAGGAGGGUGAGCAGGAGUGUUCCUCAUCUUCAGCCACAAUGUUGUCUUAUGUCUGCAUGAACUGGAUUCUUCUGGUCCUGUUUACAGGCCCCACAGUAUCGGAAUUAGUGAUCGGAGAGGUUGGUCAGAACGUCACCGUGCCCUGCUCCUACAGCGUCCAGACGACACGAGACAUCACAUCCAUGUGCUGGGGUCGGGAUAGUUGCCCUAAUUCACAGUGUUCUCGGCCUAUUAUCUGGACAGAUGGAUGGAGGGUGACAGAGCAGUACAGCAGCAGGUACCUAUUGCAAGGGAAACUGCAGGAGGGCGACGUUUCCCUCACGAUUGUGAACGCCGAGGAAGCAGACAGUGGGACUUACUGCUGCCGUGUGGAGCACCGGGGCUGGUUCAACGAUCAAAAAACUAAUCUCGAGGUUGUGAUAAGGAAAGCUCCUGGAAGCACCAGUGGAUCCUCCUUUACCGUCACAGAAACGUGGCCAGCAUCUGCCUCAAAAGCUCCUGAGAAUGCCUCUGGUCCCUGCUCUGACACCUCAGACUGCUCAGAUGUUACUGCAAAUCUGCAGAACACCUCUGUAUCGCUUCCCAGUCAGCAGUAUUCAGAAAAUGGUCUGUACAUUGGGAUUGGGUCAUGUGCAGUACUUCUGGUCAUCCUGAUUUUGGCUCUGUUCCUCACUAAACAAUACUUUUACAAUACGAAGAAGAUGGGUGACUUUGCAAACUUCAUUGCAUUUCAGAGGCCACAAGGCGUGGGGAAUCAUAAUGCCCUGGAAGAUGAGAUCCAUGCAGAAGAAAAUGUUUAUAUCAUACACUAAGGACUGUAUUCAUGCUUGCCUUUGUCACUGUGGGGACGUUAAAUAGUUUGCAAAAUGUUAGCUGCUCCCUCUGCUCAGCAGCUGCAUGUGUCUGCACUACUGAGGCAUUACUCACAUCAUUCUAAUAAAACAAAUAAAAGCUACACUUGCAAUUAAAAUCUUUAUCAACCUGUUCCAGAAAGAGAAACUGAAACCCUACUGUUUUAAAUGGAAAUUUCCAUUUCCUAAAGAAAGUUACCAUUAUAUUUAUUAUCUGCUUCAAAUUCUCGCUUCCUUUUUGGAAAAAAGAGGAAGUGCCAGAAGGGCAGAAUUGACUUCGCUGUGUGUUCUGUCUGCCACCUACCACAGAGCCCGUGCCAUCAGAGGGCAGAAGCAAUAUCAAAGCUGCUGUGACAAACCUGUCACAUGGGAAAACUUGGUAUUAUUAGUGAUUUAAUAUACAUUUAGUUGGAUUUUCAGUGAAGACAGGUAUACCCAGUCCUGGUAACAGCUCAGUAACACAAUAUACUAAUUCCUGUCCACCUGCAGUUAAAGCUGGGGGAGCUAUGGAUGCUCACCCCUCAUGGGAUGACCUCGGAGCCUACAGCAUCAGUACUUCAAUGUACAGAAUAUUCACACCUUGUGUUAAGAGAACUAUGACUAAAUGUGUUUCUCUCUACAAAAUACAUCUCUUUUUUUCUGUGGUUUUCUCCUCAGGCCCACCUAUACCCUGAGAAGCCCUUGGGGUGGAAAGUCUCACUUCCAGGCAUCUAAAACAACUGAACAAAUAAUACCCACUUUGUAAAGUUAAUUAAGUCCUCUUCUUAGCUUAUGGAGAAGUCAUGGACAUUGCACGAAAUAUUGGUUUGAAGUUGGCCUGCCUUCACACCCCUCUAAAUACCAAACAACUAAUUCAUAAGAAUGCUGAAUGUAUUUGAUGGAUUUUAGCCCAUAAAUACAGAGAAUCUGUGGUUGAAGUCUUUCCUCCAUUGCUCCUCAGUUAGUGAUGUGUCUCAGCUCUUACUCUCUGCAAAACUAAACUUUGGUUUACUUUA